CGUCAGAGAAGACGCUCUUCUGAGGUCACUGAGUCCCGGGGGCGAGACUGCUCCGCCGCUAUAUAAUCUUCCCGGCUCGGUGCAUGAAACCAGCUCACUAACAUCAGCUAACGAGACAAAGCAAACAAACACCGAACAAACAAACAUGGUGAAGAUCACCUUCCAGCCAGUUUCGGCGCAGAAGCCCGACAAAGAGAUCGAUGGAGACAAGAUCAUUAUACCUCAGGCUCACGAGCAGCUGGUUCUUCCUGUCAGGCCCAAGAAGCCCUUUCCAACCGGCCUGUGCUGCCUCACCUUUGGCCUGGUGGUUUUCAUGUCAGGACUGGUGCUGGCCUCUGUCUACGUUUAUCGCUACUACUUUAUACCUCAGCAGAUCCCAGAAGACAGCUUGUUCCACUGCAAAAUUUUCUACGAGGACUCCAUAUAUGCUCCUCUGAGGGGACGGCAUGAACUCGAGGAGAACGUCGGCAUCUACCUUGAGGACAACUACGAGCAGAUCAGCGUACCUGUGCCGCACUUUGGAGGCAGCGACCCUGCCGAUAUCAUCCACGACUUUCAGAGGGGCCUCACAGCUUAUCACGACAUUGCUUUGGACAAAUGCUACAUCACUGAGCUGAACACAACCUUGGUGAUGCCCCCACGGAGCCUGUGGGAACUGCUCAUCAAUGUCAAGAGAGGGACGUACCUUCCUCAGACUUACAUCGUCCAGGAGGAGAUGAUGGUGACAGGGAGGGUGAGGAACAUGAGGCAGCUGGGCCCGUUCAUCCACAGGCUCUGCUACGGCAAAGAAACCUACCGCCUCAGACGCCGCAGCCAGCGCAGACGUAUCGACAGGCGUGAGACAAAAAGAUGCCACAGCAUUCGUCACUUCGAGAACACUUUUGUGGUCGAGACUGUCAUCUGUGACAGGGUCUAAACUGGGGCGGAAUCCACAGCCAUCCAACACUGAAGCCAAUUUCAAACCAUACCUCUUGAAUUCUUUAGGCUUUUAACUGCACUUUAAGAGCAAGUGUUGUCCAACACUUUCAGUUUCAAUGUUUGUUAUUUUUCUCAAGUUGGAAAUGCUCUUUUAUUGUCAAUGUACGAUGUUAAUGUCUUUUUUAUUCAGUCUGUAUAUCUGGAUGUUUUAAAUGUGUAUGGAUAUAUCUGUAGCUUGUCGAGCUGUGCAUAAGAUGUUACUGUGUGUCAGUUUGUGACAUUUACAUCAGAAGACUUGAUUUUAUUUUAUUUAUGACUUGUCGUUAUUGUUAUUUAAUGACACAGUGCACCGGGGGUGAUGGUACGGAUACUUGGAAGCUGCUUGCAUGGUGCACUUGUGUCAAUAUUCGUUUAUUGGCUCUUUUGUUUUGAAUGUCAGAAAAUGGCAAAACAUACCUCAUGUAGUUUAGACGUUUCUUUGCUGGUUUGUAUCAUUAAUGAAUGGUGUAUAUAAUUUUGAUUGUUCCUAAGCAAUAUAUACUGUAAAUUGAUUUUCCUCUGGAUUUCAUAUUGUUACAUGCAUAGAUUUUUAUCUGAAACCAUUUUGAUUUCAUUAUGGUUUGUCUGUUAAUUUCCUUUGGUAUCACACUUUCCUACUCCUUGGAUAUAAUGGCUUUAGACUGUAAUUAGUAGCAGUGUUUUAGAAGGACAUGAAGGAACCAAAGUCUGCAGUAUGCUGUGCUUAGUGUCAAGUAUAUGAAAUACUUUAGAGAGAAUGCUUUUUGGUUUAGAUCACUUACUGUAGAUGAUAUCAAAGGCUAAAACUCAUUUUGUCUUGCUCUUCCUCCUCUUCAUUUGGAUUUUGCCUGUUGUCUUUAGCUCUCGCCAGCACCCAGUCCUUUCUUUCUUGGCAUUAUAAUCUCUACAAUGUUAAUUUGUCCCAAUUUAAAACAAGAUUUGGGGUGUCCUUCUAAUGUACAACCUGGAGCAAAUAAGUCUCUGUUGAGAGAGACCCGUGGUAUGUGCUCAUAUUUCAUUUCGUUGUACAGUCAAUUUUUCUUGUAAUAUCUUGCUGCUUUAAAAAUAAAUUAUCAA